AUGAAUCCAGAAUAUGAUUAUUUAUUUAAACUUCUUCUGAUCGGUGACUCAGGUGUAGGAAAGUCUUGCCUUCUUCUGAGGUUUGCGGAUGACACAUACACAGAAAGUUACAUUAGCACAAUUGGUGUGGACUUCAAAAUCCGAACUAUAGAGCUGGACGGGAAGACUAUCAAGCUUCAGAUUUGGGACACAGCGGGACAGGAACGGUUUCGGACAAUAACCUCCAGCUACUACAGAGGAGCUCAUGGAAUCAUAGUAGUGUACGACGUUACAGACCAGGAAUCUUUUAAUAAUGUUAAACAGUGGCUACAGGAGAUUGAUCGCUAUGCCAGUGAAAACGUCAACAAGCUUUUGGUGGGAAACAAGUGUGACCUAACGACAAAGAAAGUAGUGGAUUACACAACAGCCAAGGAGUUUGCAGACUCUUUGGGCAUCCCCUUUUUGGAAACCAGUGCUAAAAAUGCAACCAAUGUGGAGCAGGCCUUCAUGACCAUGGCAGCUGAAAUCAAAAAGAGAAUGGGCCCUGGAGCCACAGCCGGGGGAGGGGACAAGCCCAACGUGAAGCUAACGCCAGGUACCACUGUCAAGUCUUCAUCUGGGGGUUGCUGCUGA